AACUAUCUACCGUCCCGGCGGUAACGACUAGCAUGGGGACAGCUUUUGCCCCGCUGACUUCCGUAGGAUCAUUGGGGAUGAUUCCGAUCAUGUCCGUCCCUAGCCCAAUACCUACGACGACUCCGUUAUUUUCGAGUUCAUUGCCCCUAUCCAUGUGUCCCGUUCCGGGAUCAAAUAUGUCGGGGGUAAUGGCUCCGCCAAUGAUGUAUCCUCCGCAUCUUGCUCAGUUUGUUGCUGACCCGGCAAACGCUCAAGCGAUGCAAGGCUAUAACCAUGUUAUGGCCAUGAUGCAACAGUCGGGAGGGUAUAUGCCAUAUGGUUAUCCUGGUAUGUACCCAAUGCAGACACCGGGAUUAACUCCCCUGCAAAUUCCCGGGACUACCCCAACGCCGUUCGUCCCCCGGACGAUCCAUUCUGUCCAGCCAGUGAACUUGGUUUCGGCAAUGACCCAAGCUGGACCCUCACGCCUCGCCGGUACACCAGAUGGCCAUGUUGUUUCAGUCACCAAUGAGGAGGAAUGGGACGAGCCCCGUACUGACAAGGGCAAGGGCAUUGCCAAGCCUACCAAAACCCGAGACUCUGCGUUCAAACGUCUUGGUUCAAAAAAUGAAGGCCCCCGGAAAUCUGUAAAACUUAGGCUCGGACCUGAUACGGUUCGUCCUAGUGCAUUCGAACGUCAUGGUGGGGUGAGAGGCGAGCAACCUGCUCAAUCUAGGCGGCCAAAGGGGACCCAGAGCUGUCACCUGGAAGAAGGGGAAGCUGAGAGCCAGCCUAGAGCCUCCGCCUAUACGAGAUUGUCUUAUGGAAGCACCGAUAAAGAUUUUGAUGAAAUCGGGUUCAUGGCAAGGAAGUUGCAAGCCCUAGAGGACAAAGUUGAGAGGAGUGGACGAAAGAAGCAUACCUUGGCAAAGUCACCCUUUACUUCCUCGGUACACAUGCACAAGAUGACCCGGAAGAUAAAGCUAGACGUUGAAAAGUUCACUGGUAAGGAGGAUCCAGACAUCCAUCUAGACACUUUUCACAACGCCGCUCAGAUGGCGGGUUGCACGGAUGCUGAAGAGUGUUUGCUGUUCUUCUCCUCUUUGAGGGGAAGGCCUGUGGAAUGGUUCAAUAACCUUCCCUAGGGCAAGAUCGGGUCUUUUGAAAAGUUGGCUGAAAUAUUCCGAAGGAAGUAUCAGGACAACUGCAUCAAGAGGAAGAAAUUUACCUACCUUAA